AAUUCUACCACAUCUGAAAGACAUCAGCAAUAUAGAAAUUGGUCACAAAAAACUGCUAUGCCAUUAAGUGGUAGAUCAGCUUCAUAUUCUUCAACUAACUUACCGGUUGAUUCUUAUACCGGGACUACUCAAGAAUUUGGUAUCGAUUCACAAGAGUUAUUUUUUCCAGAUGAGAAAUCAUUAGUCAAUUGGUUAUAUACACGGCCAGAUUUAAUUGCUCAAGCUCAAAGUCCGUCUAUAACAAAUUUUUCACCAUAUAAGACUAAAGCUGAUAUUUCAGAGUCAAUGAAUAAAGAAACCUUGACAAAUCUAGUUAUGGAACAAUGCAAACUCUUAUUUUUACAUAUGGCAUCUCUUGCUAAAGAUUUACUUGUUAUUGCUGGUAAAGUUUGGAAGCAAAAACUCAACAAAUAUCUUGAUGCUAGUGACUAUCUUGAAUUCAAGAAGUUUCCGUCUUCGCUCAAGUCUCUUGAAACCUUUGUUGCUGAAAGUUUAAGAAUCCAUGUCAAAUAUUUGAUGGCAGUUCAAGAUCAAAAAAACCCAUCCUAUUUGUGA